AUGGCCAAGCAUCAUCCAGAUUUGAUUUUCUGCAGGAAACAGCCAGGUGUUGCUAUUGGACGUUUGUGUGAAAAAUGUGAUGGUCGUUGUGUGAUCUGUGAUUCGUAUGUGCGACCAUGCUCAUUGGUUCGGAUUUGCGACGAAUGUAAUUAUGGGUCAUAUCAGGGUCGUUGUGUCAUCUGUGGUGGUCCUGGUGUAAGCGAGGCUUAUUACUGCAAGGAAUGUACAAUUAUGGAGAAGGACAGGGACGGCUGCCCUAAAAUUGUCAAUCUAGGAACCUCACUCUUGGAGAGUGCUGGAUGUCUCUUCUCCUACAACAAUAUGAGUCCAGGUGCUGUGGGGAAAGAGGUGGCAAAGUUUACUGCAAGAAUGAAAACAAGAGAUCCUCGCUUUGCAAGUGUUUUCACUCGAACAAUUGACGCCUUACGUGAUUCACCUUCAGUUCAAAAUGUGGACGCACUCAUGGAAGUGCUUGUCAAAUGCAGGAUGGUAUCGGUCAUGUAUGGGCUACACUAUAGUGACCACCGCGACGUGGCGAAUACAAUAAAACACGGUUGCGCGAGAUCUCCUUUUUUCCAAACCGGCAGUUCGCUGAGUCGAAGGGAAAGCUACUCAAGAAAUAGUGUUGGUGUGUCACCAUCGCCAUGUCAACGUUCCGAUGUUGCAUCAAGUAAUGGACCUUCUCGUGUAAUGAGGGUUGAUCCAAUGCCUUAUGGUAGGCCACUCACCGCUCGUAUGGGAACUACUGCCAGUGUGCCAGAGCGAAUCUUAUGUAUAGAACUCUGCGGGGCGCUCCAGGGUUUGGAAGGCACGUACUUCAGAAAAGACUCUCGGGGAUACUUGCGAGUUACCGAUUCUUGCUCCAUAUCGCAGGCUCAAAGAUCUGUUAUUGAAAGUGCUUUGUCUAUUGCUCAUUUAUAUAUUGACGUGGCCCGAGUACCUGUCAAUCGCGACGAUGAUUUACUUGCGCAGGCAUUUUUGUUGGAAUCGCAGUCAAUCCUUGAGGAAUACAUCCAUGACGUUGGUGACGUUCCCGUUAAUCAAAUGAUUGCCGUGUGCCCACAACAGGGUUAUCGAUUGAUAUGGGUUCCGCCUUUCUUCCCUAAGUGGAUUGCAGAAUACGUUUUGAAAAUCGGGAAGUCCUGGAGGUCGGUUGACUUGCGGAGCAGCUCAGAGAAUCUUGAUAAAGCUAGAGCAAUUGUCGCUUCCCAGUUAGACUCGAAGUGUCUAUACCUACAGACUUGCCGUCUCGUAUGCGGCAGUGUGGUGCGCAGCCUUGUGGUGGAACAUCAUUUGCUAGACCACUUUGACGCUGCUCAUUGCCUUCUCCUGCUCCAUGAUGCCCAGUUCUCUCUGUCUUUGUAUCGUCAAUUCUGUGAGUGCACUCACGGACUUCGAAGCAAACUGUCAAAACGUGAUGCGAAUAAUGCGCUCGUUGCUGCAGCAGCUUCAUCAACAACUGCAAAGCGUUUUCCUUUUCAACUUAACCUAGAAUCUCUUUGUCCAGUCAACGACACGCCGAAUACUUCUUCUCGUUUGCAGUUUGUGCAACCCCUUCGGCCUGUCUAUCGUCCUAGAGGGCCCGUGGGAGAAAUAUUUAGGAAUACAGAGAAAAAAUACGAGUCACUGUUCUACUUUGUAUGGCCUUUGGAAAUGAGCUUACUGACGAUCUCCGAGCAAGCGAAUGCUGUGAGGCAGUCGACUGCACGAAUGAGCCGUCGUAGUGCGAAUGAGACAGUCAAAUCACUUCGCUUAACGUCAGCUUUGCUGUCCUGCUGUGAACGUGUUCUACUUCGAAUUCGUAUUUACAUAGCGGAAGUCGUGGACCAGUUCUUCAAACGACUACGCCUUUGGAUUGAUGAGGCGAUAGAUCUGGAUGCUGUGGAUAUCCAUGGCCUUAUAAUGUCCAUCCUUCAAAUUUCUCAUGAACUAUCUCAACACUGCUUGGAUAUCAUCGCUGAAAUGGAAUCAGUUCCCCAACGUACACUGAUUAAUGGUAAAGAUGAUAAUCCAACAAAUGCGAAAACAACGCAACUCCUGGUAACCCAGGCUAAAUUACAAGUAGGUCCUUUUGACUAUCGUGUUUCUUACUAA